AGACGUUUUUUUCAAAGCCUCAUACGUGAACCUCGAAACAUUUUGCAAGUGUCCCGCUCUGAGAUGAGCCUCGGGCAUUCCCAGAAACGACUUUAAAACACUGGUGCAACCCAAUUCUUUACCUAUUUAUGGGACACUACUGUCUUUCAUUUAUUUUCUUAAAUAAAUAAGAUACUACCCGUUUUCAGCUUAAUCCUAUGACGUGUCACUUCUAGGAUUCCAGAUCAUUCUCUGUCCCAUCUACCAGACAAACCGCUCAUUAAGCUGAUAAAGAAAAAUUCACACGCACUUGUAUCAAAGAGAUCGGGAUCAACUUUGAGGUCUGAAUACACCGAAAAAUAAUUUGAUCGAUGACGGGGACAGGGCAAGCUUACGGGGAAUCAUGGUACUGGGACAAACGAUAUACUGAUGAAGCUGCAGGUCCCUUUGAUUGGUACCAGAAGUAUCCAUCACUCAAACCACUCCUCAACCUCUACGUCCCUCACAACUAUCGUGUCCUCAUUGUCGGUUGCGGCAAUUCCGCUUUUAGCGAAGGCAUGGUUGAUGAUGGCUAUGAGGAUGUGGUCAAUGUUGAUAUAUCUUCCGUGGUAAUCGAAGCAAUGCAAAAGAAGUAUUCUGAUCGACCACAAUUGAAAUAUAUGAAGAUGGAUACACGAGACAUGAGUUGUUUUGAAGGUGGUUCAUUCGAUGGUGUUGUUGAUAAAGGAACUUUGGACUCUAUCUUGUGUGGACAAAGCUCGCAGCAAAAUGCUGCUAAGAUGUUGUCCGAGGUUGGCAGGGUCUUGAAGGAUAAAGGAGUUUAUAUUCUGAUUACAUAUGGAACGCCAGUUUUCCGACUCCCAUUGUUGAGAAACUCGUGCUUGUGGAGUAUUAAACUACAUGUGAUAGAUAAACAAUUAUCAGAAGGAAACUCACGGCAGCGGAAAUGGGAGCUGACAUCACCGAUUCCUCUGGACGGAGAUGGAAAAUCUGUUGAAGCUAUGUUAGGAGAAAAUCCUGAUGUUCAUUACAUAUACGUUUGUAUUAAGGACAAUCGUUGAGCGCUUCCAAGAAGUUGAAUCAUUAGUGAUUUAAAGAAAUCUUUUCACUCGAGAACACAUUGAUGACUUCCUAGGCAUAUUAGUAUGUGGAUCCUCCACGGUCUACAUAAAGCUACAGCACCUUAGUUUAUUUGCAGUAGGCCAUAACACAACUCUGUUCUGUAGUAAUCUCUCUUAAAAGUGUGCAUCUAAUAAAAGUAGUUUCUGUUAAUCCACUUGGUGGAUGGUGACAGAGGUGAAACUGUGGAUCUCGACCUUUAUUUAUCUAUAGUAAUACUUCCAUUUGCUGUAUUCGCUUUACAUAAUUACUGCAAGAAUGAUGUGAAAUUGGCUCGCACA